AUGAGGCAUGGUCGCUCGCCACCGUCAGGUACAAGCCGCCGCGACUCGGCGUCGGAGUCGUCGUCGAGGAAGAGGCCCGAGGCGGUACUUAAUGACAAGGACCGCAACCGACGGGAAGGCCUCAGCAGGGAGGAGGAGAAGAAGCGUGGCAAACGCCUGUUCGGUGGUCUGCUAAGCACACUAAGUCAAACCACGAGCAACUCGCAGCAGAAGAGGCGUCAGGAGAUUGAGAAGAGACAGCAGGAAAAAGCCGCCAAGCAGAAGAUCGAGGACGACAAGCGCCGCUCCGAGGGCCGCUCGAAGCUCGACAAGGUCAGGAAGAUCGAGCAGGUCCGAUUUGAUGAGCAAGUGAUGAACACCCGUCAUUCCAAUAUGCUUGCUAUGGCGCAUAGCCUACUAACCAAGAGCGAGCCAAAGCUAUACUACCGUCCGUGGAAGACCACGCAGGAGCAGCAAGAUAUCAUCAAGGAUCAGAUCCGUGACACCAAGGCGCAGAUCGAGGACGAGCUACAGCGAUUCAGGGUCCGGAAGGAGCAGAGGCUUAAAGAUCUGGGAGUACUAUCUCCCUCGUUAGAAGUCGACGCUACAGUCGGUGAGCCAGCAGUCGAAGAUGAUCGUUCCAGAACCGCUGCACAAGAUGAGUCCGCUGUCUCUGCUACUAAUGAUCGAAGACAUUCCCCAGCCACUGCGCGAGUACCACAGCGCACUAGUCACGAGGAGAAGGACCAUGAUGAGAUGGUCGAGGCGGAGGAGGACACAGUUAUCUACUAA